UCGCUGAACCCGGGGUACAGGCCGAGCGAGCCCCAGUCGUUCGGGCGAACGAAACCUGCUGGGACCCGUAAUUGUUGGGUCUCGAGGAAUGCUGGGAUUUGUAGUUUUCAGCUACGGCUUGACUAGUCGCUUAUUUGGGCUUUUAUUUCACCUUUUUUUCCUCUAGAUUCAUUUCGGGGAACCUGGAGAGGCAUUUCCGAGAGAAAACAGCGAUUUGGGAAACUGGACAUUCCUUGGUUUCUUAUUCCAACCCUGUGAAGCACUCUCUCAACAUCUUCAGUUAAAAAAUUGGACUGUAAACCCCAGGAGGCCAGCGGUAUGGUUGGAGCCUAUCCUAGCCACAAGUGGCAGUUGUUGGGAUGAGUCGGCUGUUUAAUUAGACACCAAAGUCUGAACUGGCCUCAAGAUUGCACACUCUGGAUCGCCCCCGCCCCCUACCCCCUCAGAAGCCAUUUCUAACAACCACAGUGGCUGUGAGCCCCUUUAGGAUACACCAGCUGCCCAAGGAAUUUGAAUCACCCGCUGGAUGCUCAACCGCAGGCAUUUCUCUUGACAUCAUGAUGCAGCUGCCAGUCUUGGAACCUGGAGACAAGCCCAGGAAAACAAUAUGGUACACUUUGAUUCCCUCGGGAGACAGCCCCAGCCCUCGAGUUGGUCACAGCUGCUCAUAUUUACCCCCAGUUGGUGAUGCCAAGAAAGGGAAGGUCUUCAUUGUUGGGGGAGCAAAUCCAAACCAAAGCUUCUCAGAUGUACAUACCCUGGAUCUAGAAACACACCAGUGGGAUUUAGCAACAUGGGAGGGCCUCUUGCCCCGGUAUGAGCACGCCAGCUUCAUUCCCUCCUGCACACCUGACAGUAUAUGGAUAUUUGGAGGUGCCGACCAGUCAGGAAAUCGAAAUUGUCUCCAAGUCCUGAAUCCUGAAACCAGGGCGUGGACCACACCAGAGGUGACCAACACUCCACCAUGUCCAAGAACAUUCCACACAUCAACGGCAGCUAUUGGAAACCAGCUAUAUGUCUUUGGGGGCGGUGAAAGGGGUUCCCAGCCUGUGCAGGAUAUGAAGCUACAUGUAUUUGACGCAAGUACUCUGACCUGGUCCCAGCCAGAGACAUUUGGAAAUCCUCCAUCUCCCCGGCAUGGUCAUGUAAUGGUGGCAACAGGGACACAGCUCUUUAUCCAUGGAGGCUUAGCAGGAGACAAAUUCUUUGAUGAUCUUCAUUGCAUUGAUAUAAGUGACAUGAAGUGGCAGCAGCUUAGUCCCACAGGGGCUGCCCCGGAAGGCUGUGCUGCCCACUCAGCUGUGGCUGUGGGAAAACAUGUGUAUAUCUUCGGAGGAAUGACUCCCAGUGGUGCACUGGACACCAUGUACCAGUAUCACACAGAAAAGCAGCACUGGACCUUGCUUAAGUUUGAUACUUUUCUACCUGCUGGACGAUUGGACCAUUCCAUGUGCAUCAUUCCAUGGCCAGUUACAUCUGCCUCUGAGAAUGACAACUCAAAUUCGGUCACUCUGAAGUUUGAAGAUGAGAAAGGGGAUUCCACUGACAAAGGAGUGUACAAAGAUGAUGACUCCCAGGAGAAUCAGACUGACACACUGCUCUGCUUUGUGUUUGGUGGGAUGAAUACAGAAGGGGAAAUCUAUGAUGAUUGUAUUGUGACGGUGGUUGACUAAUAAAAUUCAAAACUUUUA